GUUAGCAGAACAGCGCACGACACAAAUCACCGACAAGGGUUAAACAGGAUUUUUAAAUGGUUCAUUUUCUCAGAGGAUGCGGUGCGUAGUCGAAAGCUUGGGGGGUUAAUAUUUCUAUCAGCCACAGAGCCUGUGUAAUUAAUAUGUGUUUGGUUUUAAAGGGAUGAGGUGGCAACCCUACCAUCGCCACAAAACGCUUCUAUCUGUCUAAUCCUAGUGAGCAUGGGAGGUCUGUUCAUCAAGCAGUUGAUCUGUAUCACAGCAUCACCUCUGAGAUAUAGGACAGUGUAAGAACCUAAAAAUAGCCGAGCACACACACACACACACACACAAAAAAAAAGCAACCUUGAAGUCAUCAGGAGGAUGAGCCGGGGAGGGAGAAAAAAAACCAGCAAGCCUGCUUUCCUCUACAGUCUCUGGACCUGUUACAUGCUUGUGCUGAAUUUAAUGUAAAAGCACAGGAGUCUGCUUCUUCAGCAUGUGAGGAAAUAUUAGAUCGACAUUCUGCUAGAGAGCAGGGCGCCACCUGCCUUUUAAUUCCUAUUAUUCUCUGCAGGAGCCACAUAGAGAGAGAGUAAAGGGGAAAAGAUGAGAAUUAUUAAACCUGCUUGUACGGGAGGUGAUGCUGCUUGGACUAUGUCACUGUUACCAACUGGCCAGAUUCAAACCAUGAUACUAUUCCCUGUUGGCUGUAUGGAUGCUCGUCGAGGACUUGCUGAACCCAUGCCUGUGCCUGGUCCUGCUUCUUUUGCUACCUGCUUCCUCUAGGAUCUUCACUCCAUACAGCUAGGAAAUAGUAGAUUCCAAAUAUUGAGACUUCUCCGUAAGCACAGGGGCAGCGAACGAGCAAGAGAGGGAGGAAAAAAGACUUCCAGCAAGCCCUGCUUCAUCUUCCGAGAGCUGGGUACCAUUUCCAGUUGUGGCAAGGGGGGCAAUGAUUCUGUUUUGGAUUGGAUUAGAUCAAGCUCUUGAGUGAUGUGCACAGCCUGGACAUCAGAAUACUAAGAGGUUGGAGGUGUGGCACCUCUGACUUCCACUUUUUUCUGCCUGAUUUUUCUUUCCUUUUGCAAAAAGAAAAGGUAUUUAAAAAUAGCUCGACUUCCAGCAAGCAUUAUUUUUCUAAUUUUUAAAGUGAUGCCUGCUCCAAAUUUAAGAUGGCUUUGAUCUGAAAUCAAACUGGUAAUUAAGGUACUGGAGUGGCCCACCAGACCUGACACCUCAUGUCUUCCGGAGUCGCAGCAUGGCUGCCCUUUGCAAGGGCAGCUGCCAUUGGGUGGAUGCCAGUGGCCAAUUGUCCUAUGCCGCUGGCACCAGGUGACAAAAACAGAAGGCAAGAUGAGCUAAUCAUUCUUAAUGUUAGUGGGCGCCGAUUCCAGACUUGGCGAACUACUCUAGAACGAUAUCCAGAUACCCUACUUGGAAGCACAGAGAAGGAUUUCUUCUUCAAUGAAGAAUCCAAGGAAUAUUUCUUUGAUCGUGAUCCUGAAGUGUUCAGGAGUAUUCUAAAUUUUUACAGGACUGGGAAGCUCCACUACCCUAGGUAUGAAUGCAUCUCUGCCUAUGAUGAAGAACUAGCUUUCUAUGGAAUCUUACCUGAAAUCAUAGGUGACUGUUGCUAUGAAGAAUAUAAAGACAGAAGAAGAGAAAAUGCAGAGAGGCUAAUGGAUGACAAUGAAUUUGAGCAUAGCCAAGAACCAAUGCCCUCCCUAAACUUACGCCAGACUAUGUGGCGAGCCUUUGAAAACCCCCACACCAGCACUUUAGCCUUAGUCUUCUACUAUGUGACCGGCUUCUUCAUUGCAGUGUCUGUGAUCACCAAUGUGGUGGAAACUGUUCCCUGUGGCACUGUGCCUGGAAAUAAGGAGCUUCCUUGUGGUGAAAGGUUUGAUGUAGCCUUCUUUUGUCUGGACACCGCCUGUGUCAUGAUUUUCACAGUUGAGUACCUCUUGAGACUUUUUGCAGCCCCAAGUCGCUACAGGUUUAUGAGAAGUGUCAUGAGUAUCAUUGACGUAGUGGCCAUCAUGCCAUACUACAUAGGCUUGGUGAUGACCAACAAUGAGGAUGUGAGUGGCGCCUUUGUCACCCUGCGGGUUUUCCGGGUCUUCAGGAUUUUUAAAUUUUCACGCCACUCCCAGGGUUUACGGAUUCUUGGGUAUACCCUGAAGAGCUGUGCCUCUGAACUGGGAUUUCUCCUUUUCUCACUGACAAUGGCAAUCAUUAUCUUUGCCACUGUGAUGUUUUAUGCUGAAAAAGGUUCAUCAUCCAGCAAGUUCACUAGCAUUCCUGCUUCAUUUUGGUAUACCAUUGUUACCAUGACAACUCUUGGGUAUGGAGACAUGGUUCCAAAAACUAUAGCUGGAAAAAUCUUUGGCUCUAUCUGCUCAUUAAGUGGAGUCCUAGUUAUUGCACUUCCAGUGCCUGUCAUCGUGUCAAAUUUCAGCCGGAUUUAUCAUCAAAAUCAGAGAGCUGACAAAAGAAGAGCACAAAAGAAAGCCAGACUUGCAAGAAUCAGAGUGGCCAAGACAGGAUGUUCAACUGCGUACAUGCACAGCAAACGGAAUGGGAUGCUCAACGAGGCACUGGAUCUAGGGGGCUCAACUGGAGAAGAGGCACACAUUGGAAAAUCAGCAUCACUGAUAGAAAGUCAACACCACCACCUGCUGCACUGCCUGGAAAAGACAACCGGAUUGUCCUAUCUUGUGGAUGAUCCCCAGUUAUCUGUACGAACUUCCACUAUGAAGAAUCAUGAGUUCAUGGAUGAUCAGAUGUUUGAACAGAACUGCAGGGAAAGCCCCAUGCAGAACUACCCAUCAAGUCGUAGCCCAUCACUGACAUCCAGUCAUCAUGGGGUCUCUACGUCCUGCUGCUCUCGACGGAACAAGAAGACAACACACCUCCCCAAUUCCAAUGUGCCCGCCACAAGGCUACGCAGCAUGCAAGAGCUCAGCACUAUCCACAUCCAGUGUGGCGAUCAACCAUCACUAACUACAAGUCGAUCCAGCCUGAAUAUGAAGUCUGAUGAUGGCUCAAGAUCAAACUGCAAAGCUGCACAGAUCACUACAGCAAUUAUUAGCAUCCCCACUACUCCAACUUUGACACCUGAAGGCGAGAAUCGACCUGCAAACCCACCUGGACAUAGCACAAACAUUCACCAUCCAAGUAAUGUUGUGAAAGUUUCUGCGCUGUAAGACAUUAGCGUAGCAAACCAAGGCUACCACGCGUAUCCUUUUUUGCUGCAACAUUGUGGAAUUAGCAGUGAAGAAGUAACAAGCUUUUGCUAAACUUGCCAUUUACCAUCACGGAGAGGAAACAAGCACUGGAUAUAUACAUACAUGCCUAUACUCACUCAUAUGGGCGUUAUGUAUAUUUUGGAUGCUGGCUGCUAGGAAGUUUUCAUGGCAAGCAGAGGAAUUCACACAAAAGCAAAUUGACAACACUGUGUCUAAACACCUUUUUUUAAGGUUUUCAGUGGAUAAUAUUUAUUCAUGAAGAAAUGAUGAAACAUUAUAAAAAAAAAUAAAAGAGUGAUAAUUUGUUUUUGAAGGUUGUGAAAGGGGAACCGGGGAAAAUGCAAUAUUCUUCUUUGUAAAAGAAUUUGCAAGCAACCAAAACAACACAAUGUUCUGUGUUUCUGAAAAAGAUCAGACACAAGGGGGCUGGGUGGGGUUUGGGGAAAUCAAAGAAAAUCUAUUUUCCUGCAUUUUUCUGCGAGAGUGGACUUUUGAACUGUUCAGAGAACAAAAUAGCUCCUAGCACAUUACGGAUCGGGCACAUCAUAGAGGUGAGCACAGUCAUUCAUGAGAAAUUACAUCUUCCCUUGCCGGUGUUCUUAUAAUUCUUAGAUAAUUUUGUAUUAGCCUUCUAAGUCCAAGCAGUGCAGACUGUGAUGUCGUCAGGUAUAAUGUCUGUGAAUAAAAAGCAUAUUUGUGAAGCAUAUAAAAAGAAAAAAAUAUAUAUAUAUAAAUUGCUUUGAUAGCAUUUAGUUUAUACACGAUCACUCAUUUCUGCUUUAUAGUUUAUCCCUCUUCUAAAGCAGAAUGCGUUGCAGGGUCUGUGGUAAUAAAAAAAACAAAAAGAAAUCAAAUGACGAAAAAUAGGGAUAUCUUCUGAUUUUUGAUGACAACGAAUUCAGGUACCCUGAAGAUGAUUUUGCUAAGAUUUACUAAUUUUAGUAGUAUCUUGGGUCUUUGAAUUCAAAUGUAAAUAUUGUAAAGGAAACUUGGUGUUUUCACAUAGAUAUCUUGUUGCCCCACCUCAGGUGUUACUAAAAUAGACUGGUGAAACAGCAUUAUGCUGUAUAGAAAACUUGUUAUAGAUUAGUAAACUUAGGGACUGGUAAAUAUGCUGUAUUCAUUCAUAUACAAAAAUGCUUCCCUACCUCUUUGGGCGUCUGUUAAAUUAGAGCUACAAUGAAUUGUAUAUCUAAUGGUGACACCGAAAGAACAAAUGUCACGUUUUUAUUUUAAAUAUUUCAUAUUCUGCAAUGGGAAGCCCAUGUUUGCGUACCUUUGUUGCCCCUUGGGUGUGCGUCAGUGUAAUCAAUGUAGUUCGUUUGAUGUAGUGGCUGCCACUGCCACGUUUUUUCUAAUAGUCAAGGUUCUUAGUGUUUUUUCACUUUCCCACCAAUUCUAAAAAAAACUUUUUGGAGAUACAAAGUAUAUAGGUAAGUUCCGAAACAGCUUGCCUAGUAGGGAAUAGCACACAACUAACAUGAAAUGCAUUGGUCUCUGCUGUGUGCAAAAAGUAUAUAUUGUGCAAAAGCUGCAACCCUUUUCAGAGCAGAAACUACAGAAUGGAAGUUGCAUGAGUUAAAUUAUUUUUAUGGUCACAAAGAUUUAUUAUUAUUAUACCAGUUUCUUUACGCUGACAGUUUGCGCAGCGCCUUACAAAACAAAGAGAGACGGUACAGUUAUAUUGUAUAAAACCCUUCCCUAAUGAUGAAUAUUAUAAAUUGUGAGAAAAUUAUAUUGAAAAACUGUGAACCAAUCAACGUAUUUUUCUACCAAUAACCAGCUGCUAUAAAUAAACAUUAUAACCCUAAGUGAUAUAACAAAAUAACAAUUCUGAUUCAAUCAUAUAAUUUAUUCUCCCUGAAAAUUCAUAUACAAUAAAUUACAUUUACAUUCUAGAAUAUGUUGUAUUUACAUUCAAGAAUAUAUAGUUUUCCUUUUGAUGAAAACUCUAUAUGCGUUGAAAUUCUUGAUGUAUGGUAAUUUGUAAAGUUUGUUAAAAAGUGAUAUUUUUUUUUUAUAUUUUUUUAUAUAUUUUAUUUAUUUUUUUGCUCAUUGGCUAUUGCUAAAGUCCUACCCUGUUUCCCUCUUUUAAUAUUCUACAUGCACAAUAAAUAAUUCCAUAAAUAUUGUGAUCAAAUAAAGCCCUCCAAACAAUACAUACAAAUAUUUUAAACCAAAUUUAAUUUAAAAUUAAAUAAGUUAAAAAUAAAACAAUAUAACAAUGUAAAGACUAAAAAGUUCCCAUCACCAAUAUUAUUCUUCCAAGUGUAGAAAAAUCUUUGAUCCAAGGUGACCACCACCACCAAUACAAGGAAACGCAAGUACUGGAAGCAUGUACUUAUCUCAUUACAAGGUUAGGCAACACACAGCUUGUAUUUAUCCAAAGAUUUUCCAAAUAGGUGAAGUCCACUUUAAAGCUUCCUCUCCACUGCUGUCCUCUCCCCAUUCAGUGGUUAUAUUUCAACGACAGAAUAUACAGGUGAAACUCAAAAAAUGUGAAUACAGUGCAAAAGUUUAUUUCACAAAUGCAACUUAAAAGGUGAAACU